UUGCCUGACUCCGCCCUGCCCACAGCGCCAGCCGGCCUUGGACAGAAAGACUGAUGACUGACUGAAGGCAACAGAGAUUGGGUAGGAAUAAUCAAUGGCAGCAUGGAGGAGGAUCUGUGCUUGAGGGAAGCCUGACGCCAUCUCCAGUUUGGAGCAGGUGCUGUGGGCACUAUCCAGGAAGAGCGGUUUCAGACAGCCUGUCCUGUGUUCAGCUGCCCAGCUCUGCGCACUUGCCCACCCUGAGCAGGUCCAGUCUUUUUUCCUGGUUCCUGGUAUUUCUCCCCUCUCCCUGCUCCAGACACCUUGGAGAACACUUUAUCAGCUCAGAGCUCCAGGGCACUGAAUAGAUUGCCUGCCUGUCUGUCCACAGCCUCAACUUGCCCUCUUCCUUCUUUGAGAGGCUCCUGGGCAAAUAGCUUAGGGACCUCACGGUCCACUAAAGGCACUGGGAUGGAGAAAAAGCCAACCACAGAAAUGCCCCAGGAGGCUUUCCCUGCCACCACGAGCAUCUUCGGGGAAGAGCUGACUCCAGAAGCCCUGAGUGUACCUUUUGGUUUUGAUGACUUGAUCACAUCCACUACUUCCCAGGUACUUCAGGCUGUGUCCAAUGUUGCAUCUGCGUUUGGGCAUGGACAGUCCAAGAUGCCAGAACACAUGACAGGAGACCUGGCCGACACGUCAGGUCCCCUAGAUGUGGAAAUUGUGUCCGAGGAUAAUCGAUUGGAGUUCUGGUUAGUGGUAGGGUACACCAUAGUGGUCUUUGCCUCCAUCAUAGGCAACUGGGUCUUCAACUAUAUAAUUUUGAAGUACAACAGUGUCCAUACUGCCUCCGGCCUCCUCGCUGUCAACAUUUCUGUGACCAACAUGAUGCUUGCUCUUCUCAGCUCUCCCUUCACCAUGGUGCGCUAUAUGUGUUAUGCUCUCGUGUUUGGAAAGAUGACCUGCCACCUCAGUCGCUUUGCCCAAUAUUCAUGUGCCUAUGUGACUGUGCUGAGUAUGGUAGCUAUUUCCCUGGAUCGGCAUCGGGUGAUGCUACAUCCUUUGAAGGCCCAGAUCACUCCCAUGCAAGCCAAUAUUUGCAUCAUUGUCAUCUGGAUUGUGAGCACCUGUGCUGCACUGCCACAUGCUGUUUACCAGAAGCUUCACCAGGUGGAAUUUGGAAACACAACUGAGGAAAGUGCCUGCCUCCCCAGUUUCCCAUAUACUUCAAAAUCCACAUGGGUGUACCUUGACCUAGGCACCUUUCUGGUCUUCUUUAUGUUGCCUUUGCUGGUCUUGGCGGGUGUCUAUGGUCAUGCGGCCAAGAAGCUGUGGAUCCAUGAUCCUGUUGAUGACAUCAAUAUCCGCACUUACAUCUGUCAGCGUGGGAAGAAGAAGCAGACCCUAAAGAUGCUGAUGUUGGUGGUGUUUCUCUAUGCGAUCAGUUGGCUCCCCCUCAAUGUGUACCUGGUGCUGCUAGCCAGUGAAGCCAUCUCAAGCCACAAUGGUCUCUAUUUUUUCCUCCACUUGCUAGCAAUUAGCAGCUCCUGCUACAACCCCUACAUCUAUUGCUGGCUCAGUGAUAGCUUCCGUAUUGAAGUGCGAAAGGUCAUCAUGGAAAUCCAGAAGAAGCUGCUAGAUAAAAUCAGGCGCCUUAGGGGAGAGCAUCGCCGACUGCGCUCUGCAUCUCGUGCCCAUCCCCUUGAUUCUGAAGAUUCCAAUCCAGGAGUGCCCAUAUUCCCACGAUUCAAAGAUUUUGAUGAGCUGCCCAGUCCCCCUCCUUCCCCAGCAGUGCACAUCUCCUUUAUCCACACAGUGCCUCAACUUUAAGCUGCCCAGACCGCGACUGACUAUCAAAAUAUCUGAGCUUAUGGACAAUUUCAACUCAGCAGAAGAGAGGAGAAAGAAGAAGUGAUACCUCAUCCUGUCACUGCCAUUCUUCUGGAGACAAUGUUAUUAAGGUCCUCUGGACAGCAUUCAUGGAUGCAAGUGUCAAGAUGAUACCAGGAUGAGAAUCGGACUUGUGAUCCUCCUCAUUUUCCUCUCUUCUUCUUUGCCUCCUCCUCAGUAUUCUCGUUCUCCCUCUAGCCUCUCCCCAUCUCCUUCCUAGCCUUUGUCCGUUUCCUCCCCCUUGCUUCUGUUCCACCUUCUACUCAUUCUUUUCCUCUUUCACUUCAUCCUCUUCUUCCAUUUCUUUCUCCACUACUAUCUUUCUUCCUGUUUUAAAAAUCUCCUUAACAAUGAAUGACAAGUUAUCUGUCUGAGAUAUCUCCUGGUUGGUAAGGUAUCUACAAGUUUUUAGGAUCAAAAAAUGAGGUAAUGAUUCAGUUUCCAACUAUUCAGUUUUCACAUAGUGAAAAGAUGUGGUGGUUUUGGGGGUUCAGAACUUCAAAGUAAAUUACCAUACUUGCCAUAGUGUAGUGUCCCUUUUAAGAUCAAACAUAAAUUGGGAAAAAGACCUAAUUGAAGUUUAAACUCAGUUUCAUUCCAUUGUCCUUUUCUUCUUCCUUUUUAUCCUUUGAAUUUAAUCCAUUGAUCCUGACCUAUCAUUAAUACCCCAAUUGUAAAAACAAUGAACUUGUAUUACUGAAGUACAGGUAUACAUAUUUGGAGUACCUUUAGGGUGAAACAUGACCUUAUCUUCUAUUGUGACCAAUAUAAACUGCCAACCUACCUGUGAUCUUUAGGCUUCAGCUGUUUUGGUGAUUAGUAGUCUUUGUGAGUAGUGAGCUCGCUUGUGUAUUUUCCAACAUGCUAUGUAAAUAAUUCUGAUCAUCUUAAGGACAGAUAUGUGUAUUUCCUUUUCAUUCGUAUUUGAUAGAAUAGAUGUUUCCUAAGACUGACUGCAAGCAAAGUCGAAUUUUGCUUGAGUACUGCAUGAGUCUUAGAAGGAUUUUACCUGGCUCUGGUAGCCACCUUCUUCUCCUAUUCAGACUUAGGAGAAUUUUGGGUAAAAGGGCUAUUCUUGUAAUUAAAAUGAACCUUGUGCUUUGUGCUUUAACUUAAUGUUCUAUCCUUCCCCAUCUCUGUCUCUAUUCUGUACGUAGAAUCACACAUUCUUUCACUUCCCAGUAAGGCUUGGACAUUGGAAUGCUCCAGGUAAUCCAGCUUCAAGGUUUGUUGCCGACUUGGCUGGAAACUCGACAGACUCAGAACUUUAAACAACAGCUUUGGUGGUGUAUGGAUGUUUGAAGAAUUGGGCAGACGAAUAGUUUCAACUUCACGCGGGCCUUUGUUUAGAUGUUUUUCCACAGCACAGAAUCUGAAUUCGGUACCCAGCCAAGUCUGAGGGUGCUACAGUUGUAAGAAGUUUCUGGCUGAAGGGCUUAUUUGGUGGGAACAUCGUUCUAAAGAGCUCUAGAUUUUAAGCUCUAACCCAUGUGCAGCCAUUUAGCUCUGUGGGUUCGGGCAUGGUGCUAAAGAACUGUGGUCACAGGUUUCUAAACCCCAUGUGUGUCUUUUUCCAUAGACUGCAUCACUCACCCUAGCCAAUCUUUUUUGUACAAAGGUUAUUUAGAAGCUACCAAGAAGGUAGCAGCAAAACUGAUGUGUAAAUAUUUCAAAACCUGUUUUCUCGUCUGGAGACAACAGUUGCUAUCCUUUACUGGCUGGGUGUUAGCUGUGUCACAUUACUCAAAAGACAUCACUUUCCAUAUGUACAAAUCAACAAAGAGAGUGUACCAGAAGUGGCAGACAAGAAAAACUGCUAGAUUCCCUCCUUUGACAAAUUCAAAGGUAGGCAUUACAUGUUUUAAAUGCCAAGAAACUGUAUCUUGGUACAAAUUAGGAUACUUGCAGACAUGCUUCGAUGAGCGUAAGCUCUGCAUGUAGCCUGUUUGAUAUUCAACCUUAACAGGACAGUUUGGAGCGGGGGAAUUCCUCUAUUGGCACAGAUAUCUGGGAUGCUGGUAAUCAUGUUUUGGUCACUGUAUAUGUGACAUGCACAUUCUUUCUCAUGUGUUUUGAUCUGACAGUCCCUUUCACUAUAAAUCCCUGUGUAUCUUGUAAGUUAUCUUUCCCCAGUGUCACACAAGGUUCUACAAAUGUAUAUACAUAUAUAUAGCCGGGCGAUGGUGGCGCACGCCUUUAAUCCCAGCACUCGGGAGGCAGAGGCAGGCGGAUCUCUGUGAGUUCGAGACCAGCCUGGUCUACAGAGCUAGUUUCAGGACAGGCUCCAAAAAGCCACAGAGAAACCCUGUCUUGAAAAAAACAAAAAACAAAAAAAAAACAAAAUAACAAAAAAAAAACAAAAAAUAUACUAAUCUAAAUAUUUAGCUACAUACACCAACACAGUAUAGUAUAUUAGGUCACAUAAGCUUUCGCAACUUUGUUGCUUCUGAAGACUUUCAACAUCUCCAGACGCUGAAGCAAAGAUUCACAGAUGAAAACACUGAUGUCAUCUGGUAUACAUCAGGAAAGAAAGAAAAUAUACCUGGCAUAAACAAUAUGAGAGUAAAAAUGAUGUUGUUUAUUCUAAUACUUCUUAUUCACAGACUUCUAUGUGUCUAUUUCAAACUUACUUCCCUUAUAUUAGUAAUAGUAAUAACAUGUAUGUGAUUAUGACUUUAUAUUAUAAUUCUCAAAAUAAGAUCUUAUGAUAGUUAUUAAUAAGUGUUCAUUUUCAAGAUUUUACAACGUAUUGAAAAAUUAAAAAUUUCUGGGGUAUUCUAUAAAGUUUCAACACUUUAGAGGAAGCUCAACACUAAAGGAAAGAAGAGCCUGAUCGGGCUGCUCAAGGAGCAAUGGAGGAAACGGUGCAGAUCAGCCUGGUGAAAUUUGCCUGACAUAAUAUAGUCAGGCCCGAGUAAAAGUGUCUGUGCUCAGAUUUAUGUAAAUGGAUUUAUGUUAAUUGGAUUGUUGAAAUGUAGCAUCUGGAAUGAAUUCCCUGCUCUUUUGUGAUGAGACCUCCUGGAAAUAAAGUUUACCAGUAUAUUUUUAUAGAAAGACCUUAGAAGGCAACAGGUAGAGAGAUACUGUGCCUCAUGGCUUUUGAUUUAAUAGGAUCUUGUAAGUAGCAACUCUGACUACUAUACUUGUAAUUUUAGACUGGGCUGUAAAUGCUUUUGUACCUGCAACGUAACUCAAAGGAAAGUCUGUUGUAGAAAUACCCCAGAAUAAAAAUAUUUAAAUAAAAAAAAUAGAAUAAAAAAGCAUCUUUAAAUUUAGAGUCUAUAUAGUAGUUAGUGAAAUUUUAUCCAUUACCUGCCUGUGCAGUCCUCCUCCCCAUAGAAUGGAACUGAACUUGCUGAUACCCUAAUGCUUUCAGCUUUUCAGCUUUCCUCACAAAUUCUGUGGAAGUAUGGAAUAUAUCCUAGGCACGUGUACAUAGGCACAUCAAACACUUGCUGCUUGAUUCAAACCUACUAGUGAUAUGGACUGUGUGGAACCGAAGCCUUCUGGGAGAAAGACUGACACUGUCAUAUUCUACUCAAAUGAAAAAGGAAUAAAGCUCCCUGAAGCGAUAUUGAUGAAUUACCCCUUCACAAAGGGAAAGAAAGAAAUCUUACCAUUUUACAACAGGAGAAUGAACAUUAUUCCUCCCAAUAUGCUUGUUACUUGUUUACCUGUAACCAUUGCUUUAAAUAUUAUCUACUAUUGUUGUUAUUUCUCUCUACUCUAAUUUAGUGUGUGACUAUGUAUUCUAUAUCAAAGAGAGGAGGGGCCAAAGGGAAAGGGGAUAGUGUGGUUACAGGGGUAUGGAAA